CCUCACUCUAUAUGUCCAACUAAAUAGUUUUGAAAGGUCAAAAUAUUUGAGCUUUUGCAUAAAUCGAUCUGAAAGCCUAGUCACUAAGGAAUUAACUUACUCUAGUCAUCAUAACGCAUAUCUACCCCUAAAAGACCUUAAGGUGUUAAUAGGUUCGUAGCUAAUAUCAGGUAUACAUGGAGAUGUGUCAAUAUUGAUGACGAUGUUGAUAGGGCACGAUUUGACAUGGAUCUGGAAUGCUACUCAUCUACUCAUUUGAAAUACUGCUUUCUCCUAGCACUCCCAAUUUUGUUAAUAUGGGUUAUCUUGGUUCCGAUAAUUGCACUUAAGGUAGUGUUACAUAACAAGGACCAUAUGUCCCAAGGAUUCACUCCAAAUCGCUUCUAUUGGGAAUUCAUAAAUCUCUUGAGAAAAUUCAUAUCAGUAUUCUGUCUAGUCUUUUCGACAUACACUAGAAUUGCAUUUGGAACAAUGAUCUUAUUCAUUACAUCAAGAGUUCAAACUUCACUAAGACCUUACAAAGAAGAGAAGCACAACAAAAUAGAAGUUCUAGCUAUAAAUGCUUGCAUUGUGACUAUUCUAUCAAAUUUCUCUUUCUUAGAGUCAGAACAAGUUGAAUCAUUAGAUACAUGGGAAUUGCUGCUUGUUCUAAUCGCCAACUCGAUAUUCAUUGGGCAUUGGAUCAGCUUGCUCUCAAGAUCAUUUGGAGAAAAAUCAAAGUUUGCCAGAAUGAUUUUUGGCAUUUUAGGAUGCCUCUUCUGUAUUGGUGAUACUAUUAAAAACGAGAUAAGCGGAAAAGAAGUCAACAAACAGCAAGCUUCAGAUAUAAACAGUAAUAGCCGAUGUGAAUAUCCUACAGAAAUCCCUGAAGAAAGCACGGACAGACACAAUAAACAUGGCUUAUUCCAGUAUUUCUUGAAAUUUGAUGUAAUCUCAGUCGCUGGAAUUGAGUCCCUUCAACUUCUCGCUAAAGUUAUUCAAAAGAAGAAAUAGUAAGCCUCAUAAAAGUCCUGAAGCUCACACCAAGGUCGAGCCAAAGGCCAGGCACCUUCAUAUUUUAACUCAUAGAUUGGCUAAUAUCAAUACUGAUCCUCAGAAGAGUUCCCAGAAUAGACUUGGUUUAAAACCUCCGGCAGGAAACAGUAUCAUGUUCGACUCUAGCUCUUCCUCUGAACAUUCAGAGUUACCAAAUGUGAUCCCUAAGAUAAGAAGGAACAAAGAAGAAGAAAAACAAGAGUAAUUUAGCCCAACUACAAGAAUCAAUGAAGAUAUGGCUUCUGGACUAACAUGAAAUAAUAACUGGACUAAAUAUUGGGAAAUCAACCUAAAACUAUCUUUGUCGUACACAUUUGGCAUUUAGGAUAUUAGCCAAGAGCUUC